CACCGAGCGAGCCGGGUUGCCUGUCUUUCAUUCAUCACCGGAACUGUGCAGCUCGUGCAUCAGCCGUGAUACCGUCGUCUCGUCUGCCAUCCUGUCUCCUCCGACCACCGACACCAAGGACACCUCGGCCGGCCAUCACCCGCGGCGGGGCUGCGUGGGAAAAAUGACAUGGAGCCUGCUAUCGCGCAACAGAGUGGUUUGCGUAUGUGUUUGCGUCGGCAAGCAGCCUACUGGCAUGAAGCACUGGAGCCAAGGAUCUACCCAGGAGACAUGAAUGAUUUUGGUGCCCAUGUUCUCAUCACACCAACAGGAUAAUCUACUGAAGACAUGUUAUUUCAAGAUGAAGAUCGAUACCAGCCUGACUAUGCUCCAGCUGCCUGAGGCGCUGUCCCAGGCAGGCCUUCAGUUCUCUGUAGCCACUGAAGAGGACUUUGAUGAGAUCAUGGCUAUGAGUCAGGACAUCUAUGGAGGGCUCGACUACCUGCCCACUAGGUACACCAACUGGCUGCAGGAGACCAACCGCACAGUCAUAUUGGCCCGCAAACAAGGAAAAGUGAUUGCUCUGGAGUCAGUGUGUGUGAUUGACGACGGGGAGACUAUGCUGGUGGAAGGUUUACGUGUCGCCCCUCAGGAAAGGGGAAAGGGUGUGGCUGGAGUUCUGCUGCGCUUUUGCUGCGAGCUGGUCAAAUCUAAGUACCCUGAUGUCAAAGUAACACGCUUGACCCGUGACGAUCAGCUUGGACCCAAGGAUUUCCAGAAGUAUCGCCUCAUAACCAAGCAGGGUAUUCUGCUGGUGCGCUUCAGAGCUGAAGACCUCAAGUAUCGUCUGUCUGAGCUUGGUCUGGGUGGAGACUUCCAAUCCACUUUGUCCACCUCUUCCAACCCUCCGCCGGUGCGUCUUGACCACACUGCUGUCCACCAGCUGUAUCUGACCACUGACCUGCUGCAGGGGCUCCUUCCUAAUGGCACCAUCAUUCAAGACUGGCAGCCUUUCAAGCUUUUGCCCAGUAACAUGGCCAUUCUACUGAAGAAGGACAUUGACUGGAUGGUGGAUGAUGUGUCCAACCCUACUGUGGCCAGCCUCUGUACUUUCCCUUUUAGGGUUCCCAUUGGAGAUGACUGGUAUUACCUGAACAUUGACAUGUUCGGUAAAGACCUGGACCUGGCUCGGCAGCAGUUCUUGUGCCACCUGCACCGCCACACUGCUAACCUGACGGGUCACGUGAUGUGCCAGAUGUUCCUGGACCCACCACUCUGGAAGGCCAUGGCCGAAUUCUGCCGCAACACAUUGAGCGUGGAGCUGGUGAAGGAGUACACCGAGCAAUGCGUGGUGGAGUCAGACGUCGCCUAGCUACAGAAGGAGGAUGGGAAAAGAAUAGAAGACGAAAGGAGCCAGAAUGAAGACAUGGGUCUAAACAACAAGGAAUGGACAACUCAAUUACACCUAACAGAAAAACACAACCCUCUGUACUGAGGAGAUAGAAACCAAGCAAACAAAAUGUAGUUUCUACAAAACAACAACUUCUAAGAGUGCAAGUUAGAUUUAACAAUACACAAUCAAAUACAGGGAGUGGACAUAAAAUCAUGAAAACAUCAUGUAAUCAGCUAUCUUAAAGAUUAAUAUUCAGUUGGGGUCAAAGGUGUUGAUACUACUUUACAGUCAUUAGUACCAUUUUUAAGGCUGUAGUUUUGAGGUGUACUUAAUAUUUCAUGCCCACAAUGUCCAUAAAGAGGAGGGACUAAAUAACGUAAACACCCCUUAGUAGAGGUCUUCACAGGUUAAAACAUUUGGAAAACAUAAUCAAACCCAAAGUUCAUUUGUUUAAAAUAGACCCAAUUGGAAAAUGGGUUCCAAGAGCAGUCAGUUUGAAUAGCCAGAGGAUAAUUGGCUGCAUUUUCAAGAUGGUUAACAAUUGGUCAAAUAUUUGCAAAUGAUGGUGCAUUUUUGGUCCAAAACAUCAGUGUUAGUUGUUCAGUGUUCAUUGGACUGCAUUAGGGGUCAGUCCAAUGUCACAGCACUUCAAACUAUAGCCUUAAAAAGGACAUAUAGAGUUUAAUAAAUCAGCUUUAUAGCUUAUGACAAAUUUUAUUACAAUGAUUGCAUAGUUUUUUCGUAUUAUAUCCACCCUCUGUAUGUCGUAUGACAUGAAAAUGUGUAAUAAGAGUGAUGAGCUUGGGAAGGCUAUCUCACACCGGUAGCAGUGAUGUAACCUAAAACCUAAAAACAGUCAACAUGCAAAUGCUAUUCUUUGAAGAAUUUUUUUAAGUACCCUUAGGGCAUCUCAAACCUUUCAUCUCUGUUAUUUCUGUAAAUAUGAACCUUCUAAAUAUAUACACAAGCUGAGUUGGGUUACUAAAUCUGCACAACUCUGAAGGCACUUUAUUAAAAUUACACAGACAGGUUGUGUCUAAGUUAGAAUGAAAAGGAAUAGUUCAGGAUCAAAUAGGGGUGAUUUACAGAUCCCAUCGCUCCAAUGUUAUGGGUGCAUUUAUUAACUAAUAUUACCUUAGGGACAUCAUUAACAAAUCUCUGCAGAAACAACAAACAAAGCCUGUCAUCGAAAUUAAUAUCAGUCACAAAAUGGCUGACAAUUUAUCCUUCGUUAUGGUCAAGCUUAUGUCUUAGCUUUUGUCUUUUUAUUGUUUCAAAUCUUUUACUGUAUAUAUAUACAUAUAUAUAUAUGUGUUACUAAUUUAAUAUUUUCACUUAAAUGCUGCAAUAAGAUUUUAACAGAAAUUAUUAACUUCUGAAGCUGUAAGUGAAAUCUGGGCUUACCUUUGUAGAUUACUAGCAUAAUGCCAAACAAAAUGCUAAUGCUUGAAAAUGUUUAACAGACUACUGUGCAGUUUACUACUGGCUUCAGAUGAAGCAGGGAGAAGGAGUAGAACGAAAAUAACUGUGUUAGAAUUAACAGUAAUAUACUUAUUUGUUUUAAUCAUCACUAAUAUUAGUUGUCAAACACCUUUUGAAAUACAGUGUUCCCUGUAACUACACAAAAACCAGCUUUGGCCAUGUUAGAGCAAACUAAUCUCUAGUUUACCGUUGAGACAUGAACAGAAUAUUGUGGAUUAUACUAUGGCCAAGGACAGUACUAAAUUCAGGCACAUGCCCAUUGACAUGCUAACUACAUGGUUACAGGGAUAAUGGUUGGUACUGUAGGUUGGUCCACCACUUUUGACCAGACUUAAAUAUCUUGACUAACUACUGGAUGGAUUGUCAUUACACAGAGGAUGCAUCCUAAUGACUCUGGAAAUUCCUUGACUUUUCACAAUGCCACCAGUAGGAUCAAUCUUUUACUUUCAAUGAAACAUCACAACAUUUACAAAAAUAAAAAAACAACCCAAAGUUUAUAUGUUUUUUUCU